CCAUGUUUGGCUGGAGUGUUGGAUCGUGAUUUUUUUUAGGGGUUCAGGGAAGAAGCUGCUGCUGUUUGUUGUUGUUGUUGUUUGUGGGGACGACGACGAGAAAGGGGGGGGGUGUUUAAACUGGGUCGUCGGAGUCUUUGUUCUCGCCCGCUGCUGUCUUGGCUCCGUGUGUGCUGAAUGUUAAGGGAGGGGGGUUUGGGAUGAUUGAGAGGCACUACCACCUCCCGCUGGAAGGUCCCCGCUGACCCCCCCCCCCCCCCGGCACUUGUUCUAGUUCUUUCUGCCCGGAGCCACCAUGUCUUCCCACUCUCAGGGAAGCUUCGACCUGUCCCGGAGGAACCCGCAGGAGGACUUCGAGCUGAUCCAGAGGAUCGGGAGCGGCACCUACGGCGACGUUUACAAGGCUCGGAAUGUCAAUACUGCAGAGCUGGCAGCCAUUAAAGUUAUUAAGCUGGAGCCUGGUGAAGACUUUGCCAUUGUACAGCAGGAGAUCAUUAUGAUGAAAGACUGUAAACACUCAAACAUAGUUGCAUAUUUUGGCAGUUACCUCAGACGUGACAAGCUAUGGAUUUGUAUGGAGUUUUGUGGAGGCGGAUCAUUACAAGAUAUAUAUCAUGUGACAGGACCCUUAUCGGAACUACAGAUUGCUUAUGUGUGUAGGGAAACGCUACAGGGCUUAUAUUAUCUUCACAACAAAGGAAAGAUGCACAGAGACAUAAAGGGAGCAAAUAUCCUUCUGACAGAUAAUGGCCAUGUGAAAUUAGCUGAUUUUGGAGUAUCUGCACAGAUUACUGCAACUAUUGCAAAAAGGAAGUCAUUUAUUGGCACUCCAUAUUGGAUGGCCCCAGAGGUCGCAGCUGUGGAGAGGAAAGGGGGUUAUAACCAAUUAUGUGACAUUUGGGCAGUUGGCAUAACUGGUAUUGAGCUAGCUGAACUUCAGCCUCCAAUGUUCGACUUGCAUCCAAUGAGAGCUUUGUUUUUGAUGACAAAGAGCAACUUCCAGCCUCCAAAAUUGAAGGACAAAAUAAAAUGGUCAACUAAUUUUCAUCAGUUUGUAAAAUUGGCACUUACGAAAAAUCCCAAAAAAAGACCUACUGCUGAAAAGUUAUUGCAGCAUCCAUUUGUGGCACAGUCUUUGAGUCGUACGCUCGCUAUAGAAUUGCUUGAUAAGUUGAACAACCCGGAUCAUCCCAGUUAUCAUGAUGUUGAUGAUGAUGAUCCAGAGCCGCCAAUAUCAGUUCCUCAUCGAAUUCAGUCUACUAGCCGGAAUGUGAGAGAAGAAAGAACACGAUCUGAGAUUAAUUUUGGACAAAUAAAAUUUGAUCCACCGAUGCGGAAAGAAACAGAGCCUCAUCAUGAACUUCCCUACUGUGAUGAUUUUUUGGACAUUUCAGAAGAGAUAUACUACACAGCAAGACCUAAUCUGGAUCUACAACUAGAAUAUGGCCAAGGACCCCAGAGCAGUUAUUUAUUAGGUGGAAAUAAGAGUCUCCUAAAAUCAGUAGAAGAGGAACUGCAUCAGCGGGGACACGUGGCACAUUUAGAUGAUGAUGAUGGUGAUGAUGAUGAAUCUGAACACUCAACAAUGAAACCCAGGAUGCCACCACCUCUUCCUCCCAAGCCAAAGUCAAUCUACGUACCACAAGAAAGCAGUUAUCCUGAGGAAGAGAAUCAAGGCACAAUCAAGAGAUGUCCAUCUGACAGCCCUGCACGGCCAAGUACACAAGUGCCACCAAGACCUCCCCCUCCACGGUUACCUCCCAACAGUAGUUAUAUCAGGACCAGUGUCUUAGGAAAUGGAGUGAGCGCAAUCCAGGUGAACGGGGAGAAAGACAGCAGUCCUCAGCAACUAUACGACAAUAGAAGUAGUUAUCCACCAGGGCUUCCUCCAAGGAAAGACAAAAAAGAUCUCCCCAAACCUAUUAGCAAUGGUCUUCCUCCAACCCCAAAGGUGCAUAUGGGUGCUUGUUUCUCUAAAGUUUUCAAUGGUUGCCCUCUGAAAAUUCACUGUGCUACAUCAUGGAUUAAUCCAGACACUAGAGAUCAGUACCUUAUAUUUGGUGCUGAAGAAGGCAUUUACACUUUAAACCUUAAUGAAUUACAUGAAACAUCAAUGGAGCAGCUAGUCCAAAGGAGGUGUACAUGGCUGUAUGUAAUGAACAAUGCAUUGCUUUCAAUAUCUGGAAAAGCUUCCCAACUGUACUCUCAUAAUUUAUUGGGUCUUUUUGAGUACGCCAGACAAAUGCAAAAAUUGCCUGUAUCUAUUCCUGCAUAUAGACUUCCUGACAGAAUACUUCCAAGGAAAUUUGCUGUAUCUACAAAAAUUCCAGAUACAAAAGGCUGCCAAAAAUGUUGUGUAGUGAGAAAUCCUUACACAGGACACAAAUACCUUUGUGGUGCAUUGCAAUCCAGCAUCGUCUUGUUGGAAUGGGUUGAGCAAAUGCAAAAGUUUAUGUUAAUCAAACAUGUCGACUUCCCUCUGCCAAAUCCAUUGAAAGUCUUUGAACUGCUCGUUGUUCCAGAGCAAGAAUACCCCUUGCUAUGUGUUGCUGUCAGUAAAGGAACAGAACUUAACCAAGUAGUACGAUUUGAAACUGUUAAUCCAAAUUCUACUUCUUGUUGGUUUACUGAAACAGAUCAGUUGAGAGGCAAAUAUAUGCCACAGGCAAAUGUCAUCCACGUAACCCAGCUAGAAAGAGAUACAAUAAUAGUCUGCAUGGAUCGAUGUUUAAAGAUUGUAAAUCUCCGAGGUAGAUUGAAAUCGAGCAGAAAGCUAUCAUCGGAACUAACAUUCACUUUUCAAAUUGAAUCAAUAGUUUGUUUACAGGAUAGUGUUCUUGCUUUCUGGAAACAUGGAAUGCAGGGGAGAAGUUUUAAGUCAAAUGAGAUUACACAAGAAAUAUGCGAUAAUUCAAGAAUCUUUAAACUUUUAGGCUCUGACAGGGUUGUGGUGCUGGAAAGCAGACCAACAGAUAACCCAACUGCUAAUAGCAACUUGUACAUCUUGGCUGGCCAUGAAAACAGCUACUAACUGCCAUCAGAGUUUUGCAUGGGAGUGUGCAUAAAGAAAAUUCAAUUGCUUUCUUCAGCAUUGAAGGAUGUUUGAGAUUGUUCAGAAGCCACAGUGAUGUCUAUUUAUCAUAGACAAAAAUCAAUAUUUUAUUUAUUGUGGCAUGAAACCUAUGUGGAGGACGUUAAGUUCCACAACACCUUAACUUCAAAAUGCUACACAAGUGCUUGUAAUCUAUGUACAUAAAAGUGUAGUUUUUUUUUCAGUGUGUACUUCAUAUUGUUGAAGUCACACCCUAUAACUCUUAAUGUAGAUAAUAGUGCAUAUUGUGUACAGGUAAGUAUCUUUACUGUACAGAUUUGUAUAGGUUUGCAUGAUGCAAAAGUUAAUUUGGGUACUGCUUUUAAGGAAUUAUUUGAAAUUUACUUUAUUCAAUUGAGAUUAGUAUAUAUUUUGCAACAUGAAAUGAGCAGUAUACCCAUCUAAUCAUCUAACACUUGUAUUUUUAAGUGUAAUUUAGUAAUUUGGAUAUGAAUUGGAGUAACCUUGAAGGAUUAUAAUCCAAACCUUCAUCUGUUUGUAUGCUUGUUGGUUUUAAUAGUUUCCUUGCAAGUACACUGGUAUUAAGUUUGCACAAUAAUGCUGAUAAAAUGUGAUGUAUUUUACUCGUGGUGAACUCUGGGGCAUCCAUUUGGAUUUAAUUGUCCUAUUUUAAGAGUAGUAGAAGGAUGCUGCAGUUUAAUAGCUGUUGAUGUCUGUUAUAUAUCAUGUUUUAAAAACAAAAAAAUUGGGUUGGCCAAUAUUUACUAUCCUGAUGACAUCUGAAUUUUACUUGGUAAAAAGUAGAUAUGAUAGUCGCCUUUCUCUGCUCUCGUCAUGUUAACCCAUACUGGCAAGACUCCAAAAGCAAAUAAGAUUGUACUUUUUUGUACUUAGAUAAAUGAAAACACUGUAAAAAGUUUAAACUAACUAUGAUACCAAUACACAAUGUUCAAAAAGUCUUGGAUCACAAAAGUAUACACAACUUUUGAUGUAACACUAUAUCAUUGCAUUAUUAUCACUCAGUAAUACAUUCUCAGCUGCCAAUAACUUUUGUAACUGAAACAUGAUUUUUCUAAAUGAAAGGGUUUGAAAUAUCUCAUUUUAGUUUUUCAAUUUGAAUUUUCUUUGUGUAAGCCUUAUUCUGCCAAAUCUAUAAACAUACUUCAGAAUGUCUCCCAAACUGUUGUAUGUUCCUUUAUACACUGCAGAUGUUAGUUUAGUGUUUCUACCUCAUGUAGAUACAAGUUUUGUUGGAAACACUCGGCACAAGAGCAUUAUUGGUAUUCUAGGUAUUCUGAUUCAGUCAAGUUGCAGUACCUAAUAUUUGUACAAAGUAUCAACAUAAUUGCAUAUAUGGGCUUGUUACUUUUUUAUAUAUUUUUCCAUGUUUUCAUUUGGUUGUGGUCAUCGGGAUCAAAAUGUUUUGAUUUGUGUCUGACAUGAUCCAUUCAGAUGUUUCCUGUUGUGUAUAUACUGUAAAAUAAAUUCAAAGGGUUUGCAUUUAA